AUUAGCAUGAAUGUCAUACAACCGCACUGUACUAUCCCAUGAAGAAACAAGAAGAAAUUGCGUUGAAUUUGGUCCAAAUUCAACCGCUGAAACUGCAUCGGUCGGAGGAGAUUUUAUUUUAAAUUCUGUCCGAGACUCCAUUCUUAAAAAGAAGAAAAUGAAAUCAAAUUGAUAACGAUCAUGCAUACUAAAUAAUACAUAUAAACAUAACCUGUUAACAGUAAAACAGUCACAUACUUUGCGAGAGAAUGUCGUCACUCUUAACGAUGAAGCCAGAAUAUAUUUAUUCAAAGCAGUGGUACAAAAUUAUGUGAAGUUUAGAUAUCACUAUAUUGGAUAUAAAUUGAUUUAAUUGAAACUUAAGUAUCCAAAACAAGAUAGAGACAUUCACUCCUACAUAAAACGUACGCGGCAUCUAAAUAUCAGGGUAUAUUCAAAUUGGAGGAAACAUUAAAGACUCCAUCUUUCUUCACGCCUGUACUAUAUCCGGAACACAUGGUCAUUUUCUAACCACGGUAGUGCGUUUUCGCAGUUGUAUAUUAAUUGUUUGAAAAUUGAAUGGAAUAUAAAAUAAACGAAGCAUGUCGAAAUUAUUCGUUUUAUUCGAACAUGCUGCUGGCUAUGCUGUCUUCUUGGUUAAAGAGUUUGAGGAGGUAGGGAUGUUACUUCCACAGGUCGAAGCAUCUGUUACAGAUCUAUCACGCUUUAAGUCAGUUGUGAAACUUAUUGGGUUCUCACCUUUUAAAACUGCUUUGGCAGCUCUAGAAAAUAUAAAUAGCAUUUCUGAAGGAAUUGUUCCAGAAGAUUUAUUGUUAUUCUUGGAUUCAUGUAUACCGAAAUCUGGAAAAAGGGAUAAAGUUAUCCUUGGAGUCUUAGAUCCAAAACUCGGAGCCAGUAUUGCUGAAGCUCUAAGUAUAAAAUGUGAUCAUACUGGUGUUGUUCCAGAAAUCGUUAGAGGAAUUAGAUUUCACUUCCAUCAUUUGGUAAAAGGUUUUACUGCUAAAAGUUCUGGUAUUGCACAACUCGGUCUUGGGCACAGUUAUUCUAGAGCUAAAGUUAAGUUUAACGUGCAUCGUGUGGAUAAUAUGAUCAUACAAAGUAUAGCUUUGUUAGAUCAAUUGGAUAAAGAUAUAAACACAUUCAGUAUGCGUAUAAGAGAAUGGUAUAGUUACCAUUUUCCAGAACUUGUGAAAAUAGUUCCUGAAAAUUAUUUGUACGCCAAAGUUACACAGUUAAUAAAAAAUAGGAAAGAAUUAACAGAAGAAAAAUUACAAGCUCUGGAAGAAGUUGUUAUGGAUAGCUCUAAAGCUCAAGCAAUCAUUGAUGCUUCCAAGUCGUCUAUGGGAAUGGACAUUAGUCCUGUUGAUCUUCUUAACAUUGAAAUGUUUGCAGGACGUGUAAUUGCUUUAGCUGAUUAUAGAAAGCAAUUAUCAGAAUAUUUAAGAUCUAAAAUGGCUGGGGUUGCACCAAAUUUGGCUACAUUAAUAGGUGACCAAGUAGGUGCCAGAUUAAUAGCACAUGCUGGAUCUCUUACAAAUUUGGCAAAAUAUCCUGCCUCUACUGUACAAAUACUCGGUGCAGAAAAAGCUUUAUUCAGAGCAUUAAAAACAAGAGGUAACACUCCGAAGUAUGGAUUGCUAUUUCAUUCCACUUUCAUUGGUCGUGCAGGUACAAAAAAUAAAGGCAGAAUUUCAAGAUAUCUUGCGAACAAAUGUUCCAUAGCAUCAAGGAUUGAUUGUUUUACUGAUACACCGACUAACAUAUUCGGUGAAAAGCUAAGGCAACAAGUAGAAGAUAGGUUGAAAUUCUAUGAAACUGGUGAAAUACCUAAGAAGAACAUAGAUGUGAUGAAAGAAGCAUUGGAAGAAGCUGCACAAGUAUUAGCAAGCAUGGAAACAGAAACACCCAAAAAGAAAAAGAAAAAAGAUAAGAAAAGAAAAAGUGAAGUCCUAGAAAAUGGUACUCAAAACGGAACAGAAAAUGGAGCUGAAAAUGGAUUCAUUGAAAAUGGUGCACCAGAUGAAACUGAAGAACCAAUAAAGAAAAAGAAGAAGAAGAAAAAGACGAAAAAUUUAAGUGAAGCUGAAUAAAAAGUUAUACUUUCGGGUGUCUAUACGAUUAUACUGAUAUAUUGAUUGUAAUAACUUUAUAUACUUGUGUAACUUCUAUAUAAGUUGAAAUAUUGAGUAUACUAUUUCCCAUAUAAUUUUUACUGUAAUUGUAAUUUUGACAGAAUUAUUGUAUAGUUUCUUAAUAAUUGAUAGUACUUGAAAACAUUUAAUAAAAAAAAA